AUGAAGCUGGCUUUCGGCGCAAUGCUGGCGGGUGACUCGACGCCAAAGCAUCCGGACAGGACACCCCGGCGGUCGCUCUCCCCCACCAAAGCUCGUGGAGUAGUGUUCCGUGAACAUGCUGAAGUGAAGGUGCCCGAACCUCACUCCCCACGUGAGGUGGGUGCGAUGUCGAGGACGCGAGGUCCGGCCGCGAAAAGUGGUGAUAACUUAGUGGUGAAAGUUGGUAGCCCAGGAGUGACUAGUGGUAAAAGAGUGCCGAUGAAAGAACGUGUAAUAGUGGGAGAGCAUCAUGUGGUGGCAGAUCAGAUUCUUCUACCGGACCAGCAGUAUGAAGAAGCAGGUUCAGCUCCAUCAUCCUCUCAAGCAACUUCUCUGCCACCGUCUUCAUCACCUUCAGGAGAUACACAUGCAACUUCGUCAGCAGCAAGGAAACCAGCUCCAGAGAAAGUGUCAGGGGAGGCAGGAUCAGGAGCGACACGUCAGCCUUCUCCAGAGCGACGGCGCGUCUCGUCGCAGGAGCGUCAUGUUCGUCGCCAAAUGCGUCACAUGCUCUGGUGUCGAGAACUUCUACGGACGUUCCGGGCUAGACCAGAGUUCUUUUGUCAGUUCCGCGGUGGAGUUGGUGGUGGUGGGACACCGUGCUGGUUAUCUUUUCAAUCUCACGAAGACCCCGCUCCUACCACCCGCAAGCGUCGGCAAUCGGCCGAGGAGCCGGCGCCGCCCUCGCCGCCUCCGGCUGCCGCGCCGGUCACCGCCCGGGGUCAGCUGCGCAUGGUCAGGUCAAGGUCAACGCCGGACCUGCGACGACUGAGCACGGGUCGGCGCAGCGGCGACUCGGCGUUCUCCGAGCUGGGAGCAGAGUCUGACAGUCCUCAGGCGUCCAACGACAGCGGAAACCCGGAAACAGUGUCGUCGGUGCUACAACGCACCGUGAGCCUCCGACGGAAGAUGCGGGGCAAGACACGAGACGAGGGGAUGAAGACGGGCUGGCUGUACCGCGGUCAGCGCGGGCCGCUCUACGAUACAGUGCCCCGACCCAGCUCCGCCGACCAGACACAGGUGCUGCCACGUCGCGGCCGCAGACGGAACUACGGCGUCACCAAACUGCCGCCAGAGGACAGGGCAGUCGAGGACUGUGUGUCGCGUUUCGCUGAGCGAUAUGGACCGGUGUCGGUAAAUGGAACGAUGCCACAUCCACCUGUGGAUUCGAUAUGGGUCGGUCCACCGCGUAAAAGCUGGCAUGGGGAUGAUUCAUACUCGCCACAUGAGGACUCGCUCGACCGAGGCGACACCUAUGAUAAUGCCUUCUAUGACGGCGAUGGUAGCGUCAUCUACAAUCCCAGCUACACGGAAACCUUGCCAAAGCCUGGUGCUGCCAUCUACGCCGACUCCGGGGCUACCACGCAAGUUUACGUGAAUGGGGUCCACGUGCUAUGUAUGAACAAUGAGCCCUAUAACGAGCGAAAUAUCGACGAGGAGAUCGCUGCACGAUCUCGAGACGCUCCUGACGAGCCCCCGUACGCCCAGCCCCGCAAACUAGCACAACGAGACCUCUGUAACAACUGGAUCGGACGGGAAUCGAGCCCUCGGCGGCGCAGUCAUAGCCCGGAGCCAGAGCCGGUGCUGGGACCAGAGCCGGAGCCGGGCUACUGUGUCAUGGUACCGGUGCGCACCCCCUGCCCCGCCUACCGUCCCCCUCCAGAGGUCACUGUGUCCUCCCACCGACCUGUGACGUCAUCCAACUGCUCCCCCGCCUCCUCCGACCUGCCACCGCUGACGUCACAGUCUCCACCGAUGACGUCACAUACUCAACUAGCCUCAUUACCACACGAGCCUUCAAACACCCCAGCGGAUUCCUACGCCUGCCUGCGACGAAGUUACACAAACUUCUACACGGAGGACGAGCUACGAGGGUUGGUGGACAGUUCCGAUCGAGACACCAUCCCUCGCGGAGGUGACAGUAGGCGUGACAGCGGUGGCAGCGGUGACAGCAAUGACAGCGGGGGCGGACAGCGCAGGAAGCCGGGGGUGGCCUCUGGACGCUGGGCGGCCCGACUCCGUGAGGGCAGCUACGCCAGGAGGAAGGCCAGAACUCGCAGCGUCGAUAGGGCUGUUGGAACGGACAGGAGUUCGGAGGAGUGUCCGGAGGAGGCCGGUCUGAGGAGGAGGAGGCGGUCCGGGUCAGCCGAGCCGUGCCAAUGCUCGGCCUGCUCCGAGGAGCACUCCUCACUGUCAGAGCCGCGCUUAGUUGAGGAUCCAGACGAGCGCGUUCAGUGA